AAAAGUGGUAGAUAUUUUGGAAUUUGGUUAGGUAGAAGAAGAUGGGGACGACAUUAGAUGUGUCAAGAGCAGAGCUAGCACUUGUGGUAAUGUAUUUGAACAAAGCAGAGGCAAGGGAUAAGUUAUGCAGAGCUAUACAGUAUGGUUCCAAGUUCUUGAGUGGUGGACAACCUGGUACUGCUCAAAAUGUUGACAAAUCUACUAGCUUAGCCAGAAAAGUCUUUCGUCUUUUCAAGUUUGUGAAUGACUUGCAUGGUCUCAUCAGUCCUGUGCCUAAAGGGACUCCUCUUCCUCUUGUUUUACUUGGAAAGUCGAAGAACGCACUUUUAUCUACAUUCUUGUUCCUGGAUCAAAUUGUCUGGCUUGGGAGAUCAGGAAUAUAUAAGAACAAAGAACGAGCUGAGUUACUUGGACGUAUAUCUCUUUUCUGCUGGAUGGGAUCUUCUGUCUGUACAACUUUAGUCGAGGUUGGUGAGAUUGGAAGGCUUUCUUCAUCAAUGAAGAAGAUCGAAAAGGGACUCAAGAAUGGAAACAAAUAUCAAGAUGAGGAGUAUCGUGCUAAGCUAAAACAAUCAAAUGAGAGGUCACUUGCUUUGAUCAAAUCAGCUAUGGACAUUGUUGUAGCAGCUGGUCUUCUUCAGUUAGCUCCAAAGAAGAUCACUCCUCGUGUCACCGGAGCUUUUGGAUUCAUCACCUCCAUCAUUUCUUGUUACCAGUUGCUUCCGACACGCCCCAAGAUCAAAACACCCUGAAGUCGAUCGAGGAAGCUGGUGUUCAGGAGAAAGUCAUUUCAGAAAGUUUCUGUUGGUCUUUUAUUAAGGAAAUUUGCUGCUGUUAUAAAAUACUUAUUUGCAG